AAGACGUCGCCGUAACCGUACCCCACCACCAACUUACGAAGUGCCAUCAAUUCUAAGUACUAGUCGCCGUGAAUCCACCACCAAUCAAAGGAAUCGAUCCGCAUCACCCAUCCGGAGAGUUCCUAGUAGAAGGGAUGAGAAUAGUAAUCGAGAUAAUGUAAAUAGUGCCGUUGGACAUAGCUUAGCUAAUGUAAAUGAUGUGUGUGGAGAUUCGGGUAAUAACAUGAAUGAUGCAAGUGGAAAUUUAA